CAAGGAGCGCGAACAGUUGACAGACUGCUAGAAGAAAAUGGCGAAUGUUGACUUACGGUGUGCGAGUAACUUUAAAUUGACACUUUAAGCAUUCUUAAAAAUGCCGUAAUAAGUUCGAACUAGCUUCUUUUAUGCCAUUGAUGUUGGGUUAUGCCACACAAAGUUGAGCGAUAGCCUAAUGUCGCGUUAGCUCAUGCUAAUUUGUAACAUACGUUAGCUUUACAAUAGUUAGCCAUCAGGAUGGAAACAUGAAGUUAGCUACCGUCAAUUGUAAAUGGCGUCUAUGUGCCCACACACAGUGAACAACAAGCUGGAUCAAGUUUAGUAACCUCGUGACAACGGGCUGGAAUACAUUUGAUCAAGACUGGCGUGUUUACGUGGCAUGUGGUUGAGUAAGGGCUUUGAAGCCACUCACUUUCUUUGGAGUUUUUGCAAUUACCGGCAUGGCUGUACACAACUUAGUUUUUGUUAUCGAUGUGGAUUGUGGAGAUCACGGCUCAGACAGUCAGCUGGAUGUCAGGAACCACUUCGUGAAACGGGGAAUUUUACACAUUCUGUUGCAUUUCGGCUACAAAUUUGGAUUCGAGAAAGUACGGUGGGGUUAUACAUUUUUUGAAUCUAAGACUGGUCGCAAUGCUAGCCUCGUAUCGAAGGUAUCAGACUUCAAGGAGCUUCGGCACAAAACAUUUGAGGACUUUGAGCAAGAGUUUGAAGCGAAGUUUGACGUUAAGGAUAAAAGGUGCUCUUUUCAACAGAAGCAACAAUCCAGUCCCUGUGCUUCAGUGCAAAAUGCGCUUAAAGAAACCCUGUUGGACUUUCAGUGGGACAGGCCGGACAUCACUUCUCCCACUAAACUGUCCCUGCGGCCUAGGAAGGCUGGUCGUGCUGGAAGGCCCAGUGUCUCACAUGAAGAUGACAUUUCAAGCAAUGGGAGGAAUGUGGUGUUCGUUGUCUCACAGUGUCCACUUUCUAAGACACAACUUGUGGACUAUCUGUCCUUUGGAGACAAUGUCCUGCCAGCAGAUGUGACAGGGUACAUUAUAUCCAAGGGACUUUGUGAUAUGCUGCUUCAGCGACAAGUUGUCCUCCACUGGAUUGACAGUAGAUCACAUAUCCAGGUUAUGAAGUGUGAGGACCAUUUCGGCUCUGACAAGCUGUCUGAGGCUCUAGCUCAGGUGGGUGGCAGAGUGAUCCCUGUGGUUGCACUGUUGAACCUCUGCUGCAACCGCAAGCCUGACUCAGGAUUGAUGAGAGAGGCCUUUGCAUUCGAGUCCAGCAUUGGAUACCUGCUGUCUUAUGAGAGGCUCUACCGUCGGGCUUUUCCUCUCAAAGCUGGAGUUCUACGAUGGGAGCAAGGGGAUGUGACUCAGACAUGUGGUAUCAUGGUGGAGCCAGUGUCCCGCAGACAGAAGCUUCUUCCAGAGCCUGUUGAAGUGUGUCUGAAAGGAGUGCUGCAGGACUGGGAUGCUUCAUCGCUGACGCAGACCUCCACAGAGUCAUGGGUGCUUCAGUGCACUAGCAGCACUGAUCAGGCGGCUGCUGCCCUCCAGCAUCUCUUUUUGGAACUGUCUGCUUAUGCUCUACACAUGGUUGCUGAGGUAAAUGUCAAUGGACUGAUGUGUCCGGCUGUCGUCUCCCCGUCGUCUCAUUCUACAGCUCUGCUGACCAUUUUUCAGCCUCUAAUCACUCAGCCGCACCAGAUCCUGACCACUGAAAACAUUGCCUUCACCACAACUGAAACUUCUGCAGAUCUGCCAGAUGUAGUGAGCAGCGUUCUGGGAGUGGUGUAUGACAUCAUGAAGGAGGAUGCUGACGGCGCCAAUGACACGGUAGAGGAUUGUCCCGUUCCGGAGUGGGCUCUGCAGGAAAUCAGCCAAAGCCAACUAACAAGUAGCACGUUUGGGAGAUGGUUCCCCCAGUCAGACCAGUCAGGAGUGACCUCUCAUUUAAUGGAGUCAAUGGGGUUGCUGUAUGCUGUGCCAGAGCAAAGAGAAGAGGAGGAGGUAUCUGUCCUGCAGCAGGAACUUAUCAGUGGUCUGGCUGGACUGUACCAAACUUCACAGGACUCAGACAACAAGAGGGACAAGAAACGUGGCGCCCAGCGUACACCAGUGAAACAGAAGAUGAAGACCAUGAGUCGCUCCUUGCAGAUGCUGAAUGUGGCACGCCUGAAUGUCAAAGCCCAAAAGACCCAGGCAGAAGCUGAGCAGCUGGGGACUGAGGGAAGGGGGCCAGACAGACUAGCGAAGAGACGAUCAAGUGACAGAAACAAAUCUGGAGGAGCAAGCACUAUUAGUUUCACUAGUGACACAGAGCUGCUGUCCCAUCUGAAGUCCAAUUAUGAAAAGACUGUGGCAGAGAGAGACUUACCUCUCCUGACAAGUGUUCAGCAACUUUUGUUUGCUGUGAAAACCUUUCUUGCAGCAGAAUCAGACUGGGAGGUAAAGGCCUCCUUGUUUGUUCAACAGCAUCUCCUCAAGACUAGCAAAUCAGUCAGACAGCUUUAUGGAAUGUCUGCUGAUGUUGAUAGCAAAGUUAGAGAAUGCCAGCUGCAGGUGGUGUUGAGAUUGGAGCUGUGCAAACUUUUCUCUUCGGAACAAACUGACUCACUCGAUGUUGAUCAGAUGGCAGAGGAGAUGGCUGAAAUGCUAAGGAUAAUCUCCUUAACAAAAGAUCCAAUUUGCCUUGCAAGGUUCCUCCAAGAUGAAGUUCUUCCAGGGUUCCUGACUGCCGUCCCCAGAGUGCUUGCAGACGUCUACCACAGUCUUGGCACCCAGCUCCCUGAGGCCUUAGUGGCUGCUCUGCCCGAUGACUUCUUCAGCGACGAGUCAGUUGUGAAGGACAGCAUUUCACCCUCAGCCUCUUCACCUCCCACUUCCACACUCAGCCUGGUUUCAGAUGGCAAAGAUUGCCUGCAUGACCUGCGAAAUCGCUCAGCCAACAAGAGAAGGAAUGGAAUGCUGACUCGUCAUCGCAGUAUGAGUGAAGCGUCACAGAGUCUUCGUCAGAUUGAAAUGCCCAGAAAGUCUACAAGAGCUUCCAAAUCAAAACUCUUUGUUGCUCUGGAGAAUCCUGCUGCAGAACCACAACCUCAAAAACAAGAAACACAAGAAGUGACGAAGGUGAGAAGAAACCUGUUCAACCAACAGACUGUUUCCCCUACAAAGAAAGCCAAGUUGCCAAGGAGCCAGUCUGUGUCUGCUGUGGAAGGACUGAAACGCAAGCGAUCUCAUGAAUCUGAAGUGAAGCACAAGCUUCUUACAAAGAAAGUGUGUGAGACUCCUGCGCACAAGCAAGUGUCCAGUCGACUCCUACAUCGGCAGAAAAUGGGAAGGAGAUCUACCGUGGCUGAGGAGUGUAUUGUGGAAGAAUCACCAGUAAAACCUGCAGACGACCUAAGAAGGAGUCCAAGGAUAAAGAAGUUUGCUAGAAGACACUCGAGCAUCUUCUACUCAAGUUCUCAACCUCGCUCACGCAACCUGGACAGAGCUCUGUCUGUUUCUCAACUUCCUCUCAGUGGUGGAAAAAUCAGUGGGGUUAGUGUAAAAAGAGUUCAGUCUCCUAUGCGGCUUCUUUUCGGGGCUGCUGAUUCACCCAGACGUCAUUGUGACCAGUCUGGUACAGCCAGGGCCACCAGGUCACGGCUGUCUACAGACUCUAGUGUUUUUGAGAGCCCAAACAAAACGCCAGCAAAGUCACCCAGCAGACAAGGAAGGACUAUGAGCAUGACUCCCAAGACUCCCAGGACCCCUCAAACCCCAAGAACUUUCAAAACCACGCCCUCAUCCAGGAUGUGUGUGUCCUCUGUUGCAGAGAGUCCUGUAGCAGGCAGCUCUAGGUCACUUGGUAUGGCUCUGAGGGGCAGUCCCUUCAGAUCUCCAGCCAGAAAAACUCUUGUUGUAAAAACACCUACUAAGCAAAGCCCCAUGAGUAGUCCUCUGAAGAGUAUUCUCAGGACCCCGGUCAAGGCUUUGGUUGAAUACAGCUCCUCUGCUGGAAUACAUCUGCUCAGCAGUCCAAUUUCCAGGACUCCCAAGAAGAGCGUCACAUGGUCUCCCUCUCCUCAAAAAUGUAGAAUGGUGGAGAGCAGUGCUACCUUUAAAGUACCAGAAUCCCCUUCUAUGGCAUCAUGCAGUUCUCUGAGAACACCCAACAAGUUCAGGAGUCCUGUCAAAAACACAAACACUAAAAGAGACAUUUUCAAGACCACAGAAAAGACUUGUCAUGUAAGUCUCAGGAGGAUAUCUGAACAUGAAGAUAAUGUCAUCUUGACUCCAGAAGACAAUCGAAGGGCUUCUAAAAACAGUCACAAUGAGAUUAACACACCUGAAAGAGGUGACACUGUAAAUCUUCUGGAAAUGCCUCUUCCACAAUCCACACCACCUACAGCCAAUCACCUCUCACCUUACCCAAGCACUAAAACUCAAAAUAUGACCCCUAGUCCUACUCAUCAAAUGAUUACUCGCUCUGGACAAACUCCAGGGAAAAAUGCAAACACUGCAUCCCCAUGUGAGACAGUAUUUACGUCACAAGGAGGUGAUACUCUUACAGAAGGGUCAGAUGCCUCCAUAAGAUCACCAGCAAAGUUCCUUGUAAGAAAAAGAUCUGGUCAAGGGGGUAGAGCCACAAGAAGGAACUUAAGAUCCCAGUCUAAUGAGGAUAUUCCUUCUAAUUUGGACACAGAAUCUGCUGAGAACUGUGACCUUGUGAAAAAUAAUAUGCAGUCAGAUAAAAAAGAAGAGAUGCAAGCUGAAACCUCUCAGUCCUCUGAAACAGACUCCAGCUCCCAUACAGAUUCACAGCAGUUUGAUUCUUCUCAUGGGAAGUCUACCACUACUACCACCACAGAUGAGGACAGUAUAGACAUUGUUGAUGCAGCAGUUGUGAAGACGCAGUUUAGUGGAGGUCUCAAGAUGAACAUAAGCUUUUCAAGAAAGCCAUCACGAUCUAAUGAAGACUUUUUGUCAAACACAGUCUCUCCUAAAAUACGCCUGCCUUCCCAAGAAACACUUAGCCGGAGCUAUGGCUUCCGGCAGACCCCUGACCGCCAACAGAGGGAGGCUGCUGCUCGUUUAGGGUACGGGAAUGAUUCCCCUCGAUUUUCAACCCCUAGAGGCCCAGCAAAACGUAGCCGACAAAAGGGCACAGGUACUCCAAAUCCCCUGACGUACCAAGUAGAAAUGGAAAUGCAAAUGUCAGGACUUCCCAAACUCAAACUCAAACGCACGGAUUCCAUGAAUGCAGGCGACUUUGUCACAGAUGGAGGUCCUCAAUCAGGAACUCGGAGCCCUGUAGUUGGUGUGAAACCUCAGCUGGAAAGCCCUCUGCCUUUGUUCUCUAGACAUAGAGAUCCUGGAUGCGUUUCACCAUCUCUCUGUGCUCAUGUCACUCCAGCAAAAAGCACACCUGGGAAAGGUGGAGGUGUUCAGACUUACAUCUGCCAGUCCUACACACCUACACGACAUCCUACUGGAACAGUAUCUCCAGUGGCAAUCGCAGAAAGCAUUCCUCUGACUCCUUCACCUCAGAGUUUAGGGAAAGUCACCCCAGAUAACCUGAACAGCUGGCCCCGCAGGAAAAGAGCUCAGAUUGGAGUGUUUGGAGGCCAAGAUCGUGGCGUGAAGGGGGAGCCUCUGUUGGAGGAGUUACUGGAGGAAGCAGAGCUCGGAGUUAGCAGGUUGCAGGACGUUGAGGACGCUGAUGAGUCUUCAAACAACAAAGUCGAAAUGUUAGCUCUGACUUCCAAACAAUCAGCUCCAGUUGGAGCAGAUGCAUCUCCUCUUUCUCCACUGGAGGAUUUGUUGUGGAUGGAAAAGCUGGCUCAUGACUGCACUGCUCCUCAGACAGCUGAAGAAGAAAACAUCUGGGCUUCUGAAAACGGAGAUGGCAAGUCAGUAGCAACUCCUCCCAGCUCGAAGGUGAGAAAGCCAGUGACUGCAAGUGGGAUUUUGGCCCUCACUCAGUCUCCAUUACUGUUCAAGAGCGAAACGGGUUCUGCAAGUAAGAGAACACGAAACUUUAAAGAUGAAUCUGCAACAGGGAAGAGGAUGGAGGUAGAGGGAGCGGACCUCUCUCCCUUCAGCCAACCACUUAAACGCUCAAACACAGGGAAGACCUACAGCAGGAAGAGGCUGCUGCACUGAACCUCAAAACCAUCUGGCAAACAAAGCCAAAAGAGUAUCUAUUCUGUGUCUGACUGUGAGACUGAGCCUUUUGAUGGCAUAUCUGAAAGAUGUGUCCCAUUCAGUCUACUCAGGCAGUACUUCUGACAGCGACAUGUUCAAUUCGCACCAGUCGCUUGUGUUGAAGAUUUCAGGUUAUUGGCUGAUUAAAAUGUGAGUGGAAAAUCUGUGCAGUUUUGCCAUAAUGUUUGAACUGGCCUUUGCAGUUCCAGUUUAUCAUUUAAAAUGCACCAUGUUUCCUGUUUGGAUUUUUCUGAGGCUAAAACUUUGAAAAAAACGUGAAAUUAAAUGUCCUCUUUUUUUUCCAAAAUGUAAUCAAUUUUGCAAUCAAGUCAAAGCUAUCAUUUGUUGAAUACUUUUCAUGUGUAUUUAUUAGCUUGUUUUGUCACAAAUAUGUUUUUAAGUAAAAGGGAAUUCUUAAUGAUUGAUUGAAAUUGUAAAUAUGUGAUAUGUUGCCAAAGUAUUGUAAAUAAAUGUGUUCUUAAUUGUUUGAAUGUCAUUAAAAAUGCUUUUCAUCC